ACGUCAUUCUCGCGGGCGCGCGUCGGGUCUGCCGGCGGCGGGGCGGCAUGGGGCGGCGGGGCGGCGCGGGGCGGGGGCGCCGGGACCCCCUCGUCCGCCCCCCGCUGCGGCCGCCGCCGCUGCUCCUCCUCCUCCUCCUCUUCCUCCUCCUCCUCGUCCUCCUCCUGCCGCCGCCCGCCGACGGGCUCUUUGUGACCGACUACUUCACCCGCACGCCGCGCAAGCUCAGCCCGUUCCGCUCCUUUGCCAGCAUCGAGCUCUUCCACUUCCACAUCCCCGAGGACACGGUCAUCGCCGUCUGGAACCUCAUCACCUUCAAGGAGCAGGGUGGCACCUUCGGGGACCACUGCCCGGACCGUAGCAUCACCGUGUAUUUCCGCUCGGGGGCUCCCUCGGUCAUCAACCCGCUGCGCACGCACUUCCCCAAGGACACGGCCGUCCCUGGCUCCUUCGCGCUCACCCUCACCUGGACGCUGCCCAACCGCACCACGGGGGUGUUCAACGUCACCAGCCCCCUGCCCGGGGACUGGUUUUUGGCUGCCCACCUGCCCAAAGAUGAGGGGAAGAUCUCCGUCAAGGGUCUCUACGAGGAGUGCCAGUACCUCUUCCAGCCGCAGCUCAUCGUGCAGCGCCUGGUCAACAUCGCCGUGCUGUACCCCGGCUACGCCUCCGAGCAGAGCAUGGCCCCCCACAACCGCUCCUGCCUCUACAAGGUGUUCGUGCCCAGCUACACGUCACGCGUGCUGGUGGAGGUGCUGCGGUGCCGGGGGGCCGAGGGCUGCCCCCUGUGGCUGCGGGUGCGGGCCAAGGCCCCCCCGCUGCACAACUCCACGGCGCUGGACUGCCGGGAGCACGCGCCCUGCCAGCUGGCACUGGACCUGCCCUUCUGGCAGCACUGGUACUACGUGCUGGUGGAGAGGCACCCCGGGGCGCCGGGCGCCGUCUCCUUCCAGGUCAUCGUGCAGCUCACGGACUGCUCCCGCCCCAGCCUGUCCCGGCCGCCCUUCCUGCCCUCCAGCGCCUCCAUGAACAUGCCCCACUCCUUCGGCUCGGCGGGCGGGCUGGCGCUGGGGGACAGCCCCCCUCCCGCCAGCCCCAACGGCACCAAGCGCCCGCUGGCCGCCGUCCCCGCCUCUGCCGCCGGCGAGCGCUGCUGGCCCGUCCGCCCCACGCUGCGCAACGAGCUGGACACCUUCUCCGUCCACUUCUACAUCUUCUUCGGGCCCAACGUGUCGGUGCCGCCCGACCGCCCCGCCGUCUUCGUCAUCAACCUGCUGCCGGUGCUGGACAGCGGCGGGGUGCUCAACCUGGAGCUGCGGCUCAACGUGAGCUCCCUGCGUGGUGAGAACGCGACGGUGUUCGGCUGCCUGAACCACGAGGUGCCGCUGGCCUCCGGUGACAACGCCUCGGUCACCUGCGAGACGGAGUCCCUGGCAGGCUUCCUGCUCUCCGUCAACGCCACGGCCAGCCUCAGCCGCCUGCGCAUCCCCUACCCGCAGACGGGCAGCUGGUACCUCAGCCUGCGCUCCCUCUGCGCCACGGAGCACGGGUUCGAGCCCUGCACCAACGUGACGGCCGAGGUCUACCUGCGCGCCUACCUCUCGCCCUGCAUCAACGACUGCGGCAUCUACGGGCAGUGCAAGCUGCUGCGCACCAACAACUACCUGUACGCCGCCUGCGAGUGCAAAGCCGGCUGGAACGGCUGGGGCUGCACGGACAACGCCGAGGCGUUCUCCUACGGCUUCCAGCUCCUCUCCACGCUGCUGCUCUGCCUCAGCAACGUCAUGUUCGUGCCUCCCGUGGCCAUCGCCGUGCGCAGCCACUACCUCCUGGAAGCCGCCGUCUACAUCUUCACCAUGUUCUUCUCCACCUUUUACCACGCCUGUGACCAGCCGGGCAUCGUGGUGUUCUGCAUCAUGGACUACGACGUGCUGCAGUUCUGCGAUUUCCUGGGCUCCCUCAUGUCCGUCUGGGUCACCGUCAUCGCCAUGGCCCGGCUCCAGCCCGUGGUCAAGCAGGUGCUGUACCUGCUGGGGGCCAUGCUGCUCUCCAUGGCCCUGCAGAUGGACCGCCACGGGCUCUGGAACCUGCUGGGACCCAGCCUCUUCGCCUUGGGCAUCAUGGCCAUCGCUUGGACGGCUCGCACCAUCCGCCGCCGCCACUGCUACCCGCCCACCUGGAAGCGCUGGGCUUUCUACCUGUGCCCCGGGGCCCUGAUCGCGGCGGCCGCUGUGCUGCUCUACGCCUUCGUGGAGACGGAGGAGAACUACUUCUACAUCCACAGCAUCUGGCACCUGCUCAUCGCCGGCAGCGUCGGCUUCCUGCUGCCGCCCCGCGCCAAGCCCGCCGGGCGCCUGGGCUCGCUGCCCCGCCGCAAGGGCUGCGGGUACCAGCUCUGCGUCAACGAGCAGGAGGAGCUGGGGCUCGUCGACCCCGCCGUCGCCUCCAUCAACAGCAUCUGCACCAGCUGAUGCCGCCGGUGGAGCGGACUCGGGCAGGGGG